CUACAGCCUACAGCCCACACAAUCUAGUAUAUUUGUACAGUGUGUUGUAGGGUAACAUUGUGCUGUUCUCCGUUAAUUUGUAACGUUGUAACAUAAUUUAUGGUUGUAAGUUAUCGGACAUGCCCGACAAACAGCGUAAGAUUGGUCGUUAGAGCUCUCACUCCAUUACCCAGGAUUCUCGUUGUAAAGUAAACUUGUUUGGACAUAUCGAGGGAAAACUGUCCAGGGGCAACAGCAUGAUUAAUUAGCUUCUUUUUUUACUACCUCUCUCAGUGGGACACAAUACAUAGUUCACUAAUCAAUAAGAGCGAUGGCAGAACUUAAACCUUGUAAAGUAUGCAACUUCAGCCGUCAAAAAUCUGUUGGACUUGUAGUGUCUACAUUGGAUCAACUCAAAGUGAAAGGAGGUGAAACUUUAGGAUUCUCCUCCGACACGUCUGUCUCAGUGGUGCUUGAGGAUGAUGGGACUAUUGUGGAAGAUGAUGCAUAUUUCCUGUGUUUACCUGUCAACACAAAGUUCAUGCUGUUGCAUGAGAAAGAGUCUUGGGCCCCUAUCAAUAAAUUUGACGGUGGCACUGCCUGGUUAAGCCGAGAAUCCAUAGCCCUGGAUGAGGAUGAAGUGGAUACGAUGCUCAGUGGAACAGAUGCCUGGCAGAGUCUUGCUGCCCAGCUGAAGCACAACCUUGCCAGCGUAAUUCUGUUGUCUGAUGAUGAGCUCCAGACCCUGGUGGACGUGCCAUGCACAGACCUGGCUUCAGCGUUGGGCUUUCCUCAGAAGAAGGCUCAAGCCCUGCAGGACACGCUCCAGACUGUCCUGGACCGGAGAGAGGAGAGCAGGCAGUCCAAAGAGCUGCUGCAGCUUUACCUGAAGACUGUGGAAAAAGAACGAGAGCAAGAGGCCAGUCAAGAGGGGCAAGAUGAUGAUGCCAUUGAGACCGAUGAUAUGGAUGAGGUGGACUCAGUGUCAGGGUUUCACACUAGGACGCUGAUGGUCUUGAAGGGCAAGACAAGCCCAGAGACACGGCUCUCCAAUGAAGAGCUACAGAUGGUGGUGAAUAAGGGUGCUGCCUCCAUAGGGCAAAUACUUGGCUUUGACGCAGAGAGGACCGCCGCCCUGGUGCAGGCUUGCGAGGCUGAAUUGGAGGGUCGUCUCCAGAAAGUCCAGGCUCUCGCAUCUCUCAGCGCUCAGUCCCAACAGCCCAGCGACGCAUCAGGCACAGAGGACACAGACAAGACCGAGGCCAAACGCAGCAAAUAGAGUAGGAAACAAAAAACUGGACUUCAGGAAUAGCUGUAGUUAUUCUUAAUCAUCUCAUAAGGGGUACUUUGCAGCAAGGAUAAUCAUGACUGACCAAAUUAUAUGUUUAGUGUAGUAGAGACAAAGAUUUUUGUUGUAUUUUAUUUUUUUACUGCAUGACAUUAUUUCAUAAGAAUGUGUUCUGAUCUGAAAGGAUUGAUGAAUGAAUUGCUGUCAGUACAUCUUGUGUGACGACAGUUCGGGAAAAAAAGAAAGAAAUUCACCAUUUAUCAAUUUCACCACCUAAAACCCAAUAUUUGCCUUUUCAGAAAAAAAUAUGUCGUUCUCUCAUGGAGGAUUAAACGAGGACAAAAUCACUGCCUUCUCAAAUGAACGCCGGUGGGACGUGUUUCGCAGUGCCAAUUUCUCCUGUUGACUCAGAGCAUUCCAUAUUUAUCUAGUAUUGUCCCGCACAAUACACCUGCUCUUAUGGUGUUUUUCUCUUGUGAGUGUGAGUCACAGACUCUAGCCCUUAAAAGGCAGUGUUUUUCUUCUUUGUUUUUUUCCCUCAUUUUCCUUGUUUGUGACCCCAUCAUCUUUGCAGCAAUAAGGCACACAUGGCACUCAGUGGGUCUCCCUGCACCUGCGGCAACAAGAUCUUGCCACUUUCAUGUUAUGGGAAAUUUAUUAGAAAUAAGUAGAUGUUUACUUAAAUUAUGAAAAUGCCUGUAAGCAACACCAUUUAAAAACUGACUGAGCUCCACUAGAUGGAAAAUUAGCACAGACUCUCAUCAUACCUAUGCAAAUGUCAGCAUGAGCAAUUUUAAAGCUCUCUGAAUAGAGAGGACUUAAGGACUUUUUUGUAGAUUUUGUACUGUUUUAUGAAAAUGUAUUAUACCCUGUGUAGUAUAUGCUUGAAUGGGUUCUGUCUAAUUAGGCGCCAGCCUCUACCAUUAAAUUUGAAUGUGUUUAGAA